AUGCCGGACAGGGCAGGAUCCCUUGUCGACGUGCCAAGGGACAUCCCCACGAUAUCGUAUGAUUUUUGUUUUACGGGGUUCGAUGAAGAGGGCAAGCUUGAGGAUUGUCCAGCCCAGGAUGCCGAGAGCCGCCGCGCGCUCAAGUGCAUGAUCAUUCAUGACACGGCCACCGGCUCUGUGGCCGCCGUCCCCUGCGAGUCAAAAGGAGACAACAAGUACCUCGGCCUGGAACUCAUGCGCUUUAUCCAGUCCCUCGGCCACACCACCUGCGAGCUCCGAUGCGAUGCUGAACAGGCCACGCUGUCACUUCAGACAGCAGUUGUUCGAGCUCGAUUGCGGCUGGGAAUGCGCACGAUUGUUCGCAACCCAGCAAUCAGUGCCCACUCCAGUUCCGGCUAUGUGGAGAAAGCAGUGGACUGUGUUCGAAAGCUAGCAAAUACUCUGCUGGACAUGGUGCGCGAGAAGACAAAGCUUACGAUUGGGACAGACAGUCCCUUGUUCUCUUGGGCGUUCAUCCACGCGGCAUUCCUGCUGAACCGCUAUCGGGUCACCGGGAACCUCACGUCCUACGAAAGGUCCUGCGGCGCCCGUUAUUCGGGCAGGAUAGCGCCGUUUGGGGAACCCGUCUACGCUCAAGUCACCCCGAAACAAAAGGGGAAUGCACGCUGGCUGCUCUGUGUGUUUCUUUCGAAAAGCGUGGUGAACGAUAUGUUCAUAGUGGGCGGUCGUGACGGAGUGCGCCUGGCCCGCUCCAUCAGGCGGACUGGGCAGCCAUGGGCUCUGGAACAGAAGCUCUACAACGAGCUGGUGGGGAAGCCAUGGAAUUAUGGAAGUGGUGUCAUAGGCAUUGGACCUAUGUCCGACGAGCACCAAGAUGGACUUCAUGAACCACAAGCCUUAGUAGCUCCAGAUCUUCUUCUACCUGCAGCGCCACAUGUGCCAGUGUCGGCGCCUCCGCCUCCUGGAGUUGCUCAAGCAGUGCCAAGUGGAGCCGUGCCCAGCGCUCACGAGCCAGUGGAGCCCAAUCCGGCGAUGCGGCCGGUACCACCAGCUACACCUGAGGCCCUGUUGCCUCCGCUUGGACUUUUGUCGCCGCCUCCGACGGCGAGUGAGCCCCACAGCAUGGAUGUCAGUGCGGGCCGUGAGCCCAGAGCUCAUGAGGAGCCUCCGCGGGCAACUAAGAAGUUGCGACUUCGAGCUGUUCAGUUUGGUGACCAGUCGUAUGAGGUGAACGACGACCUCGAGCUUGACGUCGACAGCCAGGACUAUUGGGAUGCAGAAGCAGACCUGUGGGCCGCUACCGAGCAUGGCGACCCAGCAGAUGAUGACUGGGCAGGGCAUGAGCCACAACUUGGAGCCGAAGAACUGGCAGCCUUGGAUAUGAUAGCCGACAGCGUGGAGCUGUCCCGCCUUUGCCAGAAGGGCGUGAUUCGCCCUGCCUCCGAUGCCGACAACAUCUGGGACAUGAAGUCACUUUCUACGAAGUUCGUGCGGACUUGGAGGCUGAAAAAGGUCAACGGCACGCCUCGAUACUUGAGGCGCAGCCGCCUCUGCGCGAGAGAGUUUCGGUGGUUAGAUGGUAGCAGAGAGGGACUCUUUUCUCCGGCUACUAGCAGUGAUAUUAUCCGACUACUCCCCGUUCUCUUUCUUCACCACAAGCUUGCAGACCCCAGCACAGAGUACUGUCUCCUCAGCAUGGAUAUAAAGGAUGCUUACCUUCAAGUUGAUCAACCAGUUCCUGUGGCAUCAAAGAUCCAGCUUGGGCCCGGGCAGUUCGGCACUUACAUCUUUGAAAAAAUGAUACCAGGCCAACGUGAUGGCAGCCAGCAAUGGUUUCUGCAUUUCAUUCGGUUUCUGUCUGAACACUUUACCAUUGCGCAGUGUGAUGUUUGCCCGGCAGUCAUCAAGACUCCACAAGGCCCCGGUAUGGUUCACGUUGAUGACAGCCUAAUGCUCCUCCCUUUGCAGUGGGCCCUCAAAGAGUUUUUGCCUGUGGUGAAGUCCAAGUUUGAGGUGACAUUUGAUGUUGCAAGCAAGCCCGGCGACGAGUUUUCGUUCCUCAAGCGCCAGCAUGUCAUCAUGGAGGACAUGAUUGUCAUCAGACCACCACCUCAGUACAUUGAGCACAUGGCAGAGGUUUUGGGGGUGAAACCAAACCCCCGACAACGCACUCCUUGCAUCCAGCAGCUUCGUGAUAAGGAUGAGUCAGCUUUGUUGAGUGCAGCAGACGCUUCAAAGUUUCGAGCAGGAGUCGGCAUCGCACUCUACAUCAGCUGUGACAGACCCGACAUUGGGUACACCAUCCGCUGCCUUGCCUCCAGCAUGGCGUCCCCUACGAUGCAGGCCAUGAGUGGACUUCGCAAGUUGACACAGUACUUGAUGAACACCGCUGGUUAUGCCAUCGCAAUCCAAGCAAAACCUCCUGGCACCACGAAGCUUAGUGGGUUUCCCGAGCCAGGUGCGGAGUUCGUCCUCGAGGCUUAUUCUGAUGCUGACUGGUCUGGCUCUAAGAAGGAUCGACGCAGCUAUGGUGGAGCCAGCUACUGCCUCAACGGUACGUAUAUCCAUUAUAUUUGCCGUGCUCAGAAGUCAGUGAGUCUUUCGUCGAUGGAAGCUGAGUACUAUGCAGCUGUUGGCACGGUGUCCCAAGGUCUCUUCAUGCAAGCCGUCAUUGAGUUUAUGGCCGAGACGAAGUGCAGCCUAGUGGUUUAUCUUGACAACAUGUCUGCCAAGAGUUUCGCUUUGCGGCAAGGGGUGAGCAAGGCUGCAAAGCACAUCGAGGGCCGUCUUCUUUGGUUGCAAAAUGUGGUGCAGCAGCAGCGUCUUUCGUUGAAGUUUGUGCCAACUCACAAGAACUUGGGCGAUUUGCAUACCAAACCGCUCGCCCCGGCCAGGCUACUUGCUCUACUUUAUCUUCAUGACAUGGUCGAUGGAUGCGACAGGCCGGUGGGGCAGAUCGAGUUUGAGAAUGUUCAAGCAGCACAUGCGGUGAAGCUGCAAGUGAAGCGUGCGCGCGGAUAUUACCGCGGUGCGUCUUCCGACGCCCUCUGCAAGCGCCUCGCCCUGGUGUCCAUGAUGUUGAGCAUGCCCGAGGGAGCCGAAGCAUGCCAAG